AUGGACGAUAUCACCAGCCCACCAUGGGCUCACGGGUGCGAACCCGCUGCGAUCAAUCCUCAUCCAGCAUCGUUUGUGACCUUCUUCCCUGCGGCCAGCGAGGCCAAGACGAGUAUCCUCGAGACUUCGUGGGCAGACAACUUCGUCGCCCAAAGACCAGCGACAAUCUCCCGCGCCUGGUGCCGCGUCCCCGCUGUGGCCGGCCCUUUGACUAUCCACAGAGGCAGAACGAUCAUGAAGCGAGUUGGACGAUCAGCGGACGCUCGGGCAGUGAGGCCUCAAAUCGCCGUUGCCGUCGAAGCUGCCGAGGACCCAGAAGAGACACAGAGGGCGAGCCGCCGCAGACUCAACUCAUUUGCGCCGCCAGCGCAUGAGGCCGAGCUGAAACUGAAAGGAUCACCUCUGUCUCGAGCAGAAGUCGUGGGCUUAAUGGUUCGCGCCAAGGUCAGCGUCGCAAACUGCUUCCUUCACGAAGAGCCCACCGAUCUAUCAGAACAGAAACUCCUGGCCAAGCAGAGCACAUUCUCUAAAGCUACUGUUCCUCUGAAGCGCCGCUUCCGCGAUUACUCCUCCAUCGACUUCGACUACGCCAGCGGCGGCAAUAGAAUUGCCAUUUUCAGCGAGCUCGAUCCCAUCAUCUCCAAAGCUCUCCAGACCGGCGUCACAGAGAUCGACGUCAGCAUGGCAUCUAUCACAGAGGUCGCAGCCAACUUCCAAUCGAUUCGUAACCCACGAACCUCCCUCGCCGCUAGCGGUGCAUCAGAUCUGUCAGAUAUUGCAGACGUCACUGAGCCAUCGAGCCCUCUGGCCUUGGAGCCAAACGAAUCCAAGUCCGACGCCAAGUCGCCUACAAAGAGAUCUACCCAGUCACCGAGUCCGACAAAGAGCAACAAGAGCUUCCGAAAGAGACUCAGCGACACACUUGUCAAGCUGCUGCCCGCUUCUAGCCCUCGUGCUGAGCCUUCUCCCAUCAAGCCAGCUAGUCCCCCGACAGCAAAAAGAGAUGAUCGCGAGAGAAGAGGUUCCAUCAUUGUCAGAAGCCCCAAUACUACAAGAUCGCCACUAUCUUCAAACUCAACCCCUGGCCUGAUUCAGUGGUCCGGCAGAAUCUCCAAAGAGUCGCCUUUUGCGCGUUGGCGACCAAAGCGCAAGUCAGAGCCCGUCACUCGUCUCUCACCAGAGUUCCCAUCUCCCUCUCGCAACGAAUACUCUCCUGUCAGCUCUAUAGCGCCGGAAUCUCCUACUCGCCAUAUACGCCCCCGCGAACCUACCCCUUCCAAGUGGCACGGCUUCCAGCCUUCUACGCCUAGCAGAAAACCAUCUUCUACGGUAGCUACGCAAGAACCCGAUAACGAGUUGGAACUAGUCAAGUCUCUUCCCGCGUGGAUGCAGCACACUGAUUCAGCCUCCGCAUUCGAAAGUUGCGAUCUCAGCAAUAUCGACUUUGGACCCGCUUCUCCCUCAUUCACCGGUUCCGUGUCCUGGAUGAACAGCCCUGAGAGUGCUACUGAAAGUGAACGCACUAGAAUCAUCAGGCGACGCAAAAGUGAGCCGCUGUUCAGAAAUUUGCUCAAAACUCGGGCCUCACGACGAAUCUCACUUUCACCUCAGAAAUCUCAGACCGCGAGCGGGGUUAUACCUACCUCUGAACAUUUCUCCCACCUUGAAGAAAUUCCCCGCACUUUUGACAUCUCCAACAUUUCUGCAAGCAUCAGCUCCUUCGCAUCGCCUUCAGCCAACGUGCCUGAAUCUACCAAUCUUCCUGCAACUCUAGCCAACGCACUCAACGUGUCAUCUCAAGAUACAAGUGAACAAGCCAACGAGACCAUGGAUAUUCUCACCCAAUACAAGGAGAGGAUGAAGGCCAUCAUGAGAGCCACCGGCAGCCCCCUUGACGCCGACGAUGUGUUCAAGCCUGAUAAUGAGCAAACCGCAGUCGAACGACUGGCCAAGAUGGCAGAGACUCAAUGCAAUGGCCACGCUAAGGUCGUGGUCGCCAAAGAGCGCGGAAGACUUUUUGUUCGGUUUAAGCUGCCGUUUGAAUAUUCCCACCUCUUCCCCGAAAGCCAGGGUGCAGACGAGCCUCACUCCUCGAACGCUCCCUCGAACGCUCCCUCUACUUCGAAAUCGCCACAAGUCCAGGCUCAUCACUCUUCUCCGGAACCUCGACUCACAGAGGACGAGAUGUGGGAGCUGGAAGAAGAACUCUACGUUGACAAGCGCACUGUACAUGACAAGACCCUCCUUGUUUCCGACUUUGGCAGCUCCCCCGUCAAGGGACAGAGCACCACUUCGCCCGCUUACGACCGACUGCCAUCAAGCUCGCCUGCUCCGCAGAGCGCUACCUCUCCUGCCUAUGACAGGCUUCCUACCAGCUCACCCUCGCCACUGCCACAGGACGAAAACGAUGUCAGCAUCACUUUCCCUGACGUCUCCUACGAGCUUGAGGGCAAUACUACGAUUCCUGGUCUCGCGGACCCGUCGCCUGCCAAUACACCAAAGACGCCCAUCCAGAAUAUGGCCAUGUUCAACUCGGACGGCUCUACCAUCUCCUUCAAGGCCGUCAAUCGCAAGCUAGCUCUCACAGCCAACGCCGAGAAGGAAGGCGAAAAGUCACAGCCCGCGCCCUCAUCCGCCACCACCCGUGCCGAUUCACCAGAGCGCGACUACAUGCGAGACUUUAUCCGGCGCUCAAAGCACAGGCGGCCUUCGACAACGGCGCUCGGCUCUCCUAUCGCGCAGACCCCGCGACAACCUCUUGGUGCGAGAAGCCCUAAUAUGGAAACUCAGCAGCCAGAGAAGCGCAAGUUUGAGAGCAGCGAAGGCGGUGAGAACGAAGCUGCAGCUGAGCCUGCCGCAAAGAAGAUCCGCCGAACCCGAUCCACACCGCCGAAGCCUGCUGCCGCAGCUGCUCACGCGGACUCGGGUGACGAGGAUCCCCUUUUGGCGGCCGCUGCUCCUCCAGCUGCCCCAAUCCCUGCCCCUCCCGCCUCUGAUUCUUCCUCCCGCCGAUCGACUCGCCUAAGGGCCAGAAGUGCUAUCCCGAAGCCUUCUGGUCCGGCGGCACCUGUCCGGGUAGGACGUCCUGUUGGACGUCCGCGACGCACCGAGCAGGGGACGGUGGACGUUGUCCACCAAACUCGCGCCAACACCCGCCGUAACAAGGGGAAGGCCGAGUACCCUGCUCAGGUGCUUGCCCGGCAGGCCGAGGCAGCAGGAGAACCAGAGGAGGUCGUCGGCGCCCAGGGAUCCGACCAACCCGCCGGCGCCGCAGCGGUCCCCAGGACUCGCCGCGGCAAAAGCGUGGUCUGGAAGGAGCCCCUGGCCGACUUCCAAGAGGAGGAAGCGAAGCCCCAGGCGGCCAAGCCCAAGCGAGGCAGGCCCGCAGGAACUGCCGGUUCCAAGACCACGGCGGCGAGGCCCUCUGGCGCAAACCGCGUCAGCAAGCCCGCGCCGAAGGUCUCGGCAGCGACUGCUCGGCAGCGAACCUCACGGCUCGCUGCCGGCCUGGGCAUGGCCGGUAACGGGACACCCGCUCCGAAGCGGGCGACCCGGGCGUCGACCCGGAGCCGGAAGUAA